CUCCCGCUCGCUACCCUCCCCUCACUGAAUCGAUUACUCGGCAAGUCGAUUAGACAGGCGCCGUAAUCGAUUGAUCGAUUUUGUCUCGGCGCUCCUCCUCCUCCCUGCAUCAUCAUCGUCGUCCCCUUCUCCUCCUCGUCAGUGUGGCUGCGGUGCUCGUCGAUGUUGUUACCGUCAUCAUCGUCGUCGUCGUUUGCACGGUAGUCGAUUUGGCUCUACGUUCGUUGCUGCUGCUGCUACUGCAGCAGCAGCAGUCAAAGUCGUUUCAUUCGCCCGGCUUGUCGGCUCCAUUGUUUCGUCGUCUUCGUCAGAGUCGACGAGGUUGAUCGUCGUCAGUUGCAGCGAUCGCCGCUCUGAUUACCAUGCCCGGAGUGCCGCAUUCGCUGUUGUAAUCGUUACGGCGUCAUCGCAAUUAAUUAACUAUAAUCAUCGUCUCCAUCAUCAUCAUCAUCGUCGCCGCCUUCAUCGUCGUCGUCAUCGUCGUUGGCUGCCGCUCUCGGCGCGAAUGAACGAAGCGGCGCUCCCGGAGAGGAGGAGGAGGGGGGGAGCACCCCGCGAGGGGCAGGAGAAGGCGGAGGAGGAGACGACAGUGGGGGGCCCGGGCCCCCCGCAGCCCCCCACGGCUCAGGACCCCGACUCCCCUCACCCCCGCGGCUCGGACCCCCAAACCGCGACCCCCGAGCGGCGGCAGACCCCGCAGACCCCUUCCCACGACGGCGACUCUCGCCCCCACGACUCCUCCAUCGCCGCGGGGUCCCCCGCCCCCAAAGAGCCGCUUCCCCCUCGCCCCCUCAACUCGCACUCCGCCCUGGAUCUCAACUCUCACCCCCUGGGUCCCCGGCCCCAUCACCCCCUCAACCUCAACUCGCAUCCCCUUGACCCGCAGCCUCAGCACCACCUGGACGCUCUGCCUCUGCCCCCGCUGCCGCCUCUGUCCGGUUACGGGAUCGGCGGCGUCGGCGUCGGGGUAGCGAACCUCCCCGAGGCGGGUCCCGGGUCGCCCGCGGCCGGGACCCCCCCGGUGAGGCACCAGGCCCUGCGGCAGAAGCGGUCCCGCGUGUGGGAGCACUUCGACCCGCCGGCGGGGAGCCGCGUGCGGUGCCGCGUGUGCGGCGUGAGCCUCAUGUUCCACAAGAGCACCACGGCGCUGCGGGAGCAUCUGCGCAGGAAGCACGCGCUGCAGGAGCUCAGUGAUGGGACCCUUGGAGAGAGACCUCGGCAUCAGGUGCUGCGGCAGAAGCGGUCGCGCGUGUGGGAGCACUUUGAUCCCCCUGAGGGGAGCCUGGUGCGGUGCCGCGUGUGCGGCGUGUGCCUCACCUUCCACAAGAGCACCACGGCGCUGCGGGAACACCUGCGCAGGAAGCACAGCGACCAGGACCUCGGCAUCUCUCUGGAUCAGCCCAGCUUUGGCUCCCCCAUGGGGGCCCCCGGGAGGAUCCUGGGUGGUGGGGGCACCCUGGGCCUGCCGUGCUCGGGGGUGGUGAUGGCCCGCCGCGGGCGCCCCUCGGUGGGCUCGGCCGGCUCGGGGGCCCACGGAGGGCACGGGGGGCCCUACAGCUCGACCACCGGCGGAAGAGACGACAUGGGGCCCGGAAAUCACCCGGACCUCAUGAGGCUGCUGAGCGGCGGCGGCGCCCAGGGCCUGGCGGUGCUGGGCGCCGGCCCGGGCAGCAUCGCGCUGCUGGGGGCCCUGCAGGAGGCGGACGCGCUGGGCCUGUGCCGCGUGCUCUACGUGCUGGCCCAGCAGCCCGGCCUGCUGGAGGGGGCGCUGGAGCAGCCCUUCCUGGCGCGCACACGCCUCAUGCACGCGCACGACGCCGACAUCGCCCUCAACGACCAGCGGGUGAGUGGUGUGGUGGUUUGCGCGCAGCCGCCCGACGCUACAGAGCUUGUGCUCGUGGCGUUACGGCAGGGCAAGGGCGUGCUGUGCGAGCACCUGCUGGGGGAGAGCCAGGAGGCGAGCGACGCGUGCUUCCAGGAGGCGAUCUCCGCCGGCAAACCACUGCUCUGCGGCUUCUACAGGCGGUUCGACCCAGCCCUGCAGCUGAUCCAACGUCGCAUCGAGGAGCGGGGGGAGUUUGGGCAGAUCACACGCGUGGCGGCGGUGAGCUACGGCUACCCGCCCCCCAACUUCUCCCUGCUGCACAAGUCUGCAGGAGGGAUAUUCUACGACAGCGUGGUGCACGACGUGGACACGGUGUGCUGGCUCGUGGGGGGCGGCGCUCCCGAAAACAUCUACGCCACCGGCAGCGCCUUCACACAAGAGAGCGCGGCGAUGAGCGACGCCGACGUGGUGUGCGUCACGCUGCGGUUCCCCGGGGGAGCCCUCGGCACCGUGGAGUCGGGGAGGAGCGGACCCGGGGCCUGCGAGCACCGCGUGGAGGUGCGCGGCACGCAGCUGGCGGUGCGCGUGGAGGCCGGGGAGCCGCUGGGCGUGCGAGUGCUGGGCCCCGCGGGGGGCCCCUGGGCCCCGCUGCCCUCCCAGACGAGCGCCCAGCACUACCGCGCCGCACGCGCCGCCCUGGUGCACCACUUCCUGCACACGCUCACCGGCGCCGUGUCCCCCGGCGUCUCCCAGGAGGACUACAACCGCGCCGUGGGCGUCUGCUCCGCGGCGGAGCAGUACUGGCGCGAGGGCUGCCCGCGCGACGCCGCCCUCAUCACCAUCGUCAAGACUGAGGUCAUGUGACCUGUGGGGGGGAGUGAGCUGCCCCCCCCCCGCCCAUCCACACACGCACACAACCUCGUGUGCACCCCCACCACCUGAAUUGAUGAGGCGCGUCGUGGGUGAGGUGAAAGGAGUCGGGGAUGAGCGACUCGCACGCACGGGUUCUCACGGUGGACGGACGCCCCCAGUCGUCACCC